AUGAGCGCUAUAACCUUCUUAACAAUUAUGUUGGUGACCUUGCUGGGUCACCGAACCGGUGCCCUGGAAUUCGAGGAGUGUGCCAGUGCCCCACAAUUGGGAGUUUACGUGGCCAGCUUUAGUAAUUGCUCCAAAUACAUAUAUUGCGCCGGUCCAGGAUCCUUUGAGGCCGAGUGCUUGGAUGGUCACUACUACGAUGAGCAAUUGGAACGCUGCCUGGAUCGCAAGUUGGUGACGCGAUGCCAUGAUCCUGUAGACACCUCCACCAAAUUCCCUUCGAUGGUUACGAAACCAGCUCAGGAAGCGGAUCCAUUGGCGAUUACCCUGCGACUUCUACCCAAUGCCGGACCCUGUUAUCCGUACAUGGUGUGCUACGAAGGAGCUGGACUGGCCAAGGCCUGUACUCCUGCCCAUCUUGUGUCCUGCAACCGUAUGCAAUCCAGAGAGAACAUCAUCAACUGCCAGGAGGGAGUCUAUGGGUUUAUGCCACAUCCCCGGCAUUGCGCCUACUUCUACUACUGCUCCAGUGGCUCCAAGCUGAUCCAUCGAUGUCCCUUGAACUACACUUGGCACUACCAACGCAGGUCCUGCGUCCAGCAGUCCGAGAAGAUGUGCUACUCCGAGAAGCUUCGGCUCAAUAGAAAUAAAAUGGGAAUGGCCAAGCAGGCGUAUUUCUAAUGUUAGGAUAUAGAUUUAAUUUAAGUUAAAGAUUCGUAUAAAUAGCUAAACAUGUACACCUAGCGUAAGCAACAGUUGAAUUAAGAACUGCAAAUGGGAAACAAACAGGAGUUCUUCGCGUAAAUGCUUCUGUAUGGCCACACACUAAGUGCGAAUAUUUUUGGCACGUACACCAUGCGCUCGUUCAGCAGCACGCCCUUGACAAUCUUCUCCGCCACAUAUGGAGUGGGCAGUCCCGGAUAGCUCUUUGCAAUGCUAAAUGGAGGAG